AUGGCCCAAUGGACAGAUCCCUCACGAACAUUCUUAAUCCAAGAAAUCCGAACUCGACCAAUUGUAUGGGAUCGAGAUGUUUCAAAUGAUAGCACACACAAGGCUGCAAAACAGAAAGCUUUUUCUGAAGUAGCGAAAGCACUCAAUGAAGCUUUUCCUUCAAUUUCAUCGAAAUUCACAGGAGAAGACGUUCGGUCACAGUGGAAGAACUUGAAAGACACGUUUGUGCGGAAGCUGCGGUAUCUUCAUGAGGGAAAAUAUGCCUAUGACUCUCAGAAAGAACCAACUUGGAAGUUCUAUCGAAUGCUUUCUUUUCUGGACGACAAAAAGAAAGAACGCCUUUCUCCAGAAAGUUCUCUAUUUGAUAUCUCUUCAUUGCACAGAGAUCACAGAAGUUUCAGUAUUGAUUUACCUAAAGGGGAGCCAUUUGAAAACAGUAACGAGAGUGCCUCGAGCCAGGAAGUUCUACAAAUCCUUGCAGACCAAUUGAAGAAUGAUAAGAAUGAAAGUUCGUUGUGUUCUUUGAAUCCUGGCUCACCGAACCAGAGUGGCGAUUCUAUCUCGGGAAUUUCUUCUACUUGCCUCAAGACUGACAGUCCCAAAACACCAACAGGAGGAGAGAGUGUAGAAGAGGAGGAAGAGCCAAGAAGGAAGAAGACUUGUCAAAGAUGCGUUCGGAAUACAGCGAGUGUAACUAACGACGAGUUCGACUUGUUUGGCUCAUUAGUCGCUGCUCAGUUACGACGGUUGGCUGAAGAGAACUCUCGUUCGUGCUCGUUACGUCUUCAAAAAGCUUUGAACGAUGUAAUGUACGAGUCUCAAAUGGAUCUGCUAGCCUUCUCUUCCCACUUAGACUUAUCCACCAAGUGGAUCUCAUGUAUUUAUUCUUCCAGAGUUUUACUUUCCAAGUACGAAUUCUUUACUACCGAUUUUGCCUGA